AUGAAAUUAUUUUUAUUGGUGAGCGUUAUCCAAAAUGGUCGCAAUAUUGUUAAAGAGGCAGCAAAUAGUAUUGAUGAUAAUGGAACUUUUGCAGACUUACUUAAAGAAGUAUUGAAUAGUGCAAAUUUACCAGAUAUGAAUGUUAUGGUAGAUUUUCAAUGUAUUAAUUCUCCUAUUUGGCAUGUAAUAUCUAAAGGUAUUGAAGAAGACUUGGCUAUUAAAAAAAUUCAACUACCAGCAGUACGUGAAAACACAAAUAAUAUUAACAAACUAUAUAAUCAUUUACUUGAUAUAUUACGUUCCAAAGAUUUGGGUUGGCAUAUAGUAUCUACAUCUAAUAUUGGUAAAUCAUUUGUAGAUAGGUUAACAAAUCUUUUAUGUGAUAUUGCAAAACUUUAUGAUUCAAUAGAAAAAUAUACUAAAUAUUUAGAAAAUGUAAAUCAACGAAUGCAUUAUAUACAUGCUAGUUUAUUACCUGUACGCAAUGGGAUAGACAAUAUUAAAGUAGAAGAUAUUAAAGCCAGUCCAACUAUUGCUUCCGAAUAUGAAGAAUUUAAUCAUUUAAUGCAAGAAACUGAACUUUAUGUACCAGUUUGUCUAAAUGAAUUUAUUCCUAAAAACAAAAUUGAACAAUUUGACUUUUUUGACAAGUUUCAGUUAAAG